UUGGGAGUUCGUUAAGAAUCGUGGCCUCUUUCGAUCUCGCCUGAAGAUGCCUUCCUCAUCGACUCUGCGAACUCGGACCACCACCAUUGUUAGGGUUCCGGCGAGGAACCGUAUGCCGGAGGAUCAGCCGGGAAACGGGCGAUUCAAUCUCCGUCCAGAGGUGCGCCAACGAAUUGUCAACAAGAUAGUGGAGACGCUGAGGCGGCAUUUCCCGAUCCCUUAUUCUGAAAUUUUCUACUUCGCUUCACGUUUUGAGCAGAAAAUUUACACAAGUGCAAUGAGCCGGCAAGACUAUCUGAGGAAAAUCUCUUUAAAAAUGUUUUCGGUUGAAUCAAGGAUAAGGAAUGAUUCAGCAGCCAAUGCUUAAUCAGCUAAACUUGUUGCUGGAAAUCAAAGUGCUGCAAAUUCAGGUAUUGCCAUUUAGUUUUCAAGAUGAAUUUGGAAACAAAAAUUAUUAAUGCCUAUGUCUGCCUUUCUUAUAUUAUAUCAUUGAUUGAUGAAACCAAAUAAAAUUUGUAUUGUACGUAUUAUCAGCAUGUAAAAGUUUUAUGAAAUACUGAACUAUUUUUUAUUGUGGCCAAAGAAAGAAGGAAUUCUCAGAAAUAAUCUGCUUAUACUACCAGAUUCGUUAUCCCUUGUACUAAUUUAUGUAAAUCUUAGUUUAGCAUAUGAUUUUGUACCAAAAUUCUACAAAUUACAUCUUUUCCUACCAACUGACUAAUGUACUUUGCUCUCAAGUAUACAAAUGUUCAUCAGACACUGUUGACCAUCACAUCUGUGAUUCUUUCAGAUAGAUGGUUGUUGUUCUAAUGAUUUCUAGAUGAAGGGGUUUAUAGUGACCAAAUGAAACCCUGAUCAGAUCUCGGGUUUUCUCUUUUGUGUUUUCCCCUCAAAAUUUUUUUUUUCCUUUCAUUUUGAGGUUAAUAUGCCAUUUUUUCACUCAUACUCUGUAAGAUUUGAACAUCAUUUUCUCCCCAAGGCUUCUUUGGUUGAAAAAACAGAUAUGGCCUUUCUGGGUUUGAAACUUGAUCUGUGACCUGUAGUUUAAAAUGAAAUCUAGAACUGUUGUUGUAGCUUUUUCUUAUUAAUCAAUUAAAAUGGCCGCCUGCUGCCAUUUCUGUA